AUAAUUUAGACUGGCCUAACGGACUGUGAAGAGAUGAGGUUCACUAGGCCAAUUCAGAGCGCACGUACGAGCAGUGCGAUCUCAUCGCCGGAGCUCAAGAUAGAGCAUUCGCCACCAGCAAUCGGAAAUGUGACCGGCAACCACUGAGCUGAUCCGGCAUCCUGAACUCAAUUGUCCAAUGGAGAGCCAGCGGCUGAACAAGGUGAAGUUUUGAGAUAUAGCUGCUGCUAUUAACAGUUGAAGAUGAGUUAUGGAAGCAGCUCACUUGGUUCUGGGAGUAGGACUAAUAGGAGGGCUUUUGAAUUCGGGAGGACACAUGUUGUCAAACCCAAGGGGAGACACCAGGCCACUAUUGUCUGGCUCCAUGGUCUUGGGGAUAACGGGGGAAGCUGGUCCCAGCUCUUGGAAACACUUCCUCUUCCUAAUAUUAAAUGGAUAUGUCCAACAGCACCUACCCGACCUGUUGCAGCUUUUGGAGGAUUCCCUUGCACUGCAUGGUUUGAUGUUGGAGAAUUUUCGGAGAAUGGUCCUGAUGAUAUAGAGGGAAUGGAUGCUUCAGCAACACAUGUUGCAAACCUUCUGUCAGCUGAGCCAGCCGGCAUUCAACUUGGUAUUGGUGGUUUCAGUAUGGGAGCUUCAACUGCCCUUUACUCUGCAGUCUGCUGUGCUCACGGGAGAUUUGGAAGUGGAAAUCCAUACCCAAUUAACCUCAGUGUAGUGGUUGGUCUAAGUGGUUGGCUUCCAUGCUCCAGGAACUUGAAGAAUAAAGUUGAAAGUUCUCAAGAUUCUACUAGAAGGGCUGCUUCCUUGCCACUUUUGCUUUGCCAUGGAAAAGCUGAUGAUGUUGUGCUCUAUAAGCAUGGGGAGAAGUCUGCUGAAGUUCUAAGAUCAUCUGCUUUCCGAAAUGUUACAUUUAAAACUUAUAAUGGGCUUGGCCACUACACUGUCCCAGAAGAAAUGGAUGAAGUUUGCAAGUGGCUUACUGCAAGGUUGGGACUCGAUGGGACCCGUUAAUAGCCUUAAAGGAAGCCUUUAGCUUUUAUAAUAGCUGGGGUGGGAAUGGAAAGCUAUUUUUAUGACUAAAAUAUACGGCUAUGAUUAGAUCUAGCUUUGAGUAAUAAUGUUUUCUAGUGUAGUAUUUCGAUUUACUGGCUUUGUUUAAGCUUCAUCUCCUUGUUUAAUAGUUUUUGCUAUCUGUAACGUACCAGGUGUUGAUGUAUAUUUCUAAUAAACUUAUGGAGGUUUGUUGUUUGCUUUAAUGUAGUGGUCAUAUUUUGAUC